CCGCAGUUCCUCGACGACCCGGGGCUGAAGAACGACAUCCGUAACAAGCCGGUGCAGCUCCCACUGGCCCACUCAGGCUGGCUCUUCAAGGAGGAGCCCACAGAGCAGGAGGAUGCCCAGCCCUGGCUGCCCGGUCCCAAGGAGGAGAAGAUGGAGCUGGACCCGCCGGCGGUGAAAGUGAAAGAAGAGCUGUGCGAUGAGGACCCCCUACCCAAACCGCCCCAAACCAAGGGACCCCCUGGUUUCCCCCGGGACGUCUCGGUGGCCGAGCUGCUGCAGCGGCUGAGCCUCUCGGCCGAGGAGGAGCUGCUGUUCCUGCAGCUGCCUGACACCCUGCCCGGCCAGCCCCCCACCCAGGACACCAAACCCAUCAAGACCGAGCUGCAGAACGAGGACGGGCAGGUGCUGGUGGUGAAGCAGGAGAAGAGCCAGGAGGCGAGGCAGGCGGAGAAUACCUGCACCCUGGCCGACCUCCCCGAGGGGCAGGUGGGGAAGCUGCUGGUCCGCAAAUCGGGGAAGGUGCAACUGGUGCUGGGCAAAGUGACCCUGGAUGUGACCAUGGGGACCCCCUGCUCCUUUCUGCAGGAGUUGGUGUCCGUUGGCAUUGGGGACAACCGCACGGGCGAGAUGAUCGUCCUGGGCCAUGUCAAGCACAAGCUGGUUUGUUCCCCGGAUUUUGAGGCGCUGCUGGAGCACCGGCACCGGUAG